CAGUUACCGCUCCCUGAUGUCCACAAACCGCUGGUGUCGCCAUUUCUCCGCAAGAUUCCCAAAGUGUCCACAGUGAACGGUUCAUGAAGCUAAGCGUAAACUAGCAAUUCACGGCGUUUACGCAGCUCUCCGCAGACGGGGAAUAGCAAGUUAGUACGUAUAUUUCGGUGGGGAAUAUCUCAGGGGAUGGGCUUUGAUUGUCGGAAUAAGGUUGCCUCCGUUUUAGUCCGUGGCAGGAUUCGGGAGUUGUCCGGCUGAUGGCACACACAAGCCACUAAACUACACCACAGAACCCCGGAGAAGAGCUCGUCCUGGUCGUGAAAGACGCAAGGGAUUUUCUAUCUCCCAUCAAGCAGGAAUCGUCAUGCCGAGCGCUGACGAAAGGGAAUGGAAAAUGAUCCACGCUGCUCCGUGAAGAGCCGCAGCCGAAGACGUGUUGCAAAUCAGGCGGCGGACCGAGCUGUCAGUUCCGAACGCCUUCGACACGGUUGUGUAAUUAAUUUGGCUGCUGGAUGGUAUGUGUCGGGUCUAUCUGGCACCCGGCAGAUAGCCGAGGAGGCUCCGGGGCUUUGAUGUGUUCGGGGUCCAUUCAUGUGUCGGUGGUUGCAAUGACGUCUGCAUGGUUAUUUUCUAUCAGACGGUGAGACAUUUCAAAAUUCACCCUGACCGGUGAUCCGGUGUGCGAACGAGCAGGACUGUCGGAAGGAUAUGGGAAAGAGAGCGGCACCGAUGCAGUGGGUCUCGGCUAGGCAUCGUCAAAACACAGGGCAGUGAUGCCUGGGAUGGUGAUGUUUAGGCGGCGCUGGUCAGUUGGCAGUGAUGACCUAGUGUUGCCCGCCCUCUUCCUUUUUUUGCUGCACUGCAUCUGGUUGGUGGUUCUGUCCGUGGUUCUCUUCGGCCUUCGGUACGGCUCAGACCUGUCGUGUUCUGUCACUCUGGUGGACCAUGGCCGAGGAUACUUGGGCAUCCUUGUCAGCUGCCUUAUAUGUGAGAGCGCCAUCAUGUGGUUGAGUAUGAGGGGCAGCAUUUUGUACACACAGCCCAGGGAAGCUGUGCAGUAUGUGAUUUACAUCAGACUAGCCAUUCUACUAGUUGAGCUAGUGUAUGCUGUAGUAGGCAUUGCCUGGCUCGUCCAGUAUUACCAGCCGUGCUCUGAUGUCACUGCAAAAAACUUGGCUUUGGGAAUCGUUGCGUGUAACUGGCUGGUGAUACUCAGUGUUUGCAUUACCCUCAUGUGCACCUUCGAUCCAACGGGUCGGACUUUUGUCAAACUCAAAGCAACCCGUCGGCGUCAGCGGAACCUAACCACAUACACUCUCAGACACAGACUAGAAGAAGGCCAGGCCAGCAGCUGGAGCAGAAGACUGAAGUUCUUCAUGUGCUGCACAAGAGCCCAGGAUACACAAUCGGAUGCAUAUUCAGAAGUGGCCGGCCUUUUUGCAGAAUUCUUCAGAGACCUGGACAUUGUGCCCAGUGAUAUUAUUGCCGGACUGGUUCUUCUCCGCCAGACACAGAGGUCAAAAAGAUCCAAUAUCCUGGGCCAGGCCAACAAUGACAUUAUAGCAUUCUUGUCAGGGAUACCAGUUACUCGUAGUACUAGGUAUCUGGACCUCAAGAACUCUAUGGAGAUGCAUAUGUACAAGGAGGUGUGUUAUUAUAUGCUCUUUGCCCUGGCUGCGUACGGUUGGCCCAUGUACCUGAUGAGGAAGCCUGGCUGUGGGCUGUGCCGCCUCGCCAGCUCCUGUCCCUGCACAUCGGUGUCUGGCUCACGGUUGUCUCAGUCCGUCACAGUGGAGGAGGACAACUGUUGCGGUUGCAAUGUCCUUGCCAUACGGAGACAUUUCCUUGAUAGGGAUCUCAAGCAGGUUCACAUUGUCUACACAUCCUGCCACGAUGCUGUUUACGAGACUCCGUUCUUUGUGGCGGUGGAUCAUGCGAAGAAGAAAGUUGUCAUCAGUAUCAGAGGAACCCUUUCGCCAAAGGACGCCUUGACUGAUCUGACAGGAGACUCUGAGCGUUUGCCUGUGGAGGGGCAGCAUGGGACCUGGCUUGGUCACAAGGGAAUGGUGUACUCAGCAGAAUACAUUAAGAAGAAAUUGGAGCAGGAAAUGAUCUUGUCACAAGCUUUUGGAAGAGACUUGAGUAAGGGCACCAUGCAUUAUGGGCUGGUGAUAGUCGGCCACUCUCUUGGUGCAGGCACUGCUGCUAUUCUCUCCUUCCUGCUCAGACCUCAGUAUCCCACACUCCACUGCUACUCUUAUUCUCCACCUGGUGGCCUUCUAAGUGAGGAUGCCAUGGAGUACUCCAAAGAGUUUGUUACAUCUGUGGUAUUAGGAAAAGACCUCGUACCAAGGCUCGGCCUGUCCCAGUUGGAGGGUUUUAGAAGACACCUUCUGGAGGUCUUACAGAAAAGUAACAAGCCAAAGUGGAGGAUCAUUGUGGGAGGCACCAAAUGCAUCCCCAAAUCAGAGCUUCCAGUAGAAGAUGACGAUCCUCCAUCUCAGCCUGCAGCACCCCCCAGCAGUCGUCUAUGGCUACACCCCAGUGACCUGAGCAUUGCCCUCUCAGCCUCCACUCCUCUCUACCCUCCUGGCAGGAUCAUCCAUGUGGUGCACAACCAUCCACCAGAGUCAUGUUGUGGACAGGAAGAGCCGACAUACUCGGCGCUGUGGGGAGACAACAAGGGGUUCAACGAGGUCAUCAUAUCGCCGGCCAUGCUGAACGAGCACAUGCCCCACAUGGUUAUGAAGGGCCUGAACAAGGUUCUGGAGAACUACAAUAAAGGAAAAACGGCUUUGUUGUCGGCAGCCAAGAUUAUGGUGAGCCCCACAGAAGUAGAUCUGAACCCUGAGACUUUGUUCGUGGAUGCAGCUUCUCAGGAGCCGACACCCACAACAACCCACCAUCGCAGAAACAGCAGCGUUCGAGAAAAACCUUUGUUACGUUCGUGUGCCCAGUCUGAGAUAUCUCUGGAUGGUUUCUCUGAGUGCCCUCCUCCCCCAGUUCCUGUAGUGUUGCGUGGAGCACGCGAGCGCCUUGCGGUGGAGCUGAGGGACCGUAAGGCACCACUGGCCGUCAUGGAGAGUCUCUCAGAUGCAGAGUCUCUUUACAGCCUGGAUUCUCGGCGCUCAUCAGCGGCCUUCAGGGGCUCGCCGAUGUUGGGUAGCCUACCUUUCCCGUUGGAUGCCCCAAUACCAGAGGAGAACCCAUCUCUCAGCUCUCGUACUGAAUUGUUGGCUGCAGAUUGCCUCUGCCCGGCAACACCAGAGCACCUAGGUGAAGUUGGACCCUUCUUUACCCCACACGAAUCCAGAUCCACUCCAGAUUACCCUAUGAGGCUGUCUCCUGCCACACCACGCUACAGUGGACCCCAUUCCCCAGCUCUUUUAAAUCAGUGUGUUCAGCCUUUCAAACAUGAGUCUAAUGCAGCUCCAACAAUGGUUAGUGAUGGGGAUCAGAUACCUGGUGUCUACAGCCCAGGGAGCACUCCAAAUACUCCACUUAGCCCACAGAUUGACUCUAGACUAAUGGAUAGCAAAAACGAGGACUUGGAGCUGGAGAUGACACAGAACAUGUUGGGUGAAGAAACCAGUCUAGCCCUUUCUACUGCUCCACCCCAGCUAACAAAUGGGAACCCCAGUCAGGCUGUGCUAGAGUUCGCACAGUACUUAGAUUCUCUCUUCAGACUGGACGGCAGCAGCUCACCUCCUCUGGACCUGUCUGAUGGGGAGUCAGAGUCGGGUAGGGGUUCUUUUGGACAGGGUGAAUGUCUUGGAGAUGGACAGCACCUGGAUGAUGCACAGCUGCUGGCCAGAGCAACACUCGAGCCUAACCUUGUUCCCAAGCCUCCACGCACUUUUGCUGGAUCUGCUGAUCCCUCUUCAGGCAUAUCAUUGUCCCCAUCUUUUCCUCUCUCAUCCUCUGAGGAGCUCAACGAUCUUUCGCCAAGCGAGGGUGCCCCGCCAACCAUUCACUCCCUACGAACAUCCAGCCCAUGUCACUGUCCUGAAGAGAAUACACUAUCAUCAAUGGUUUAAUAUGCUCUGAAGGCUCUGUUGUGCUUUAAGUCGAGAGGUCUGGUGAUUCAAACUUUCAAACAUAUCACAACACACGCAUGGAGUGGAAUGCAAUCACUCAUCAGAGAUCCAGUGACAGAACUUAAGGGACCAACAGGUACACCAUAUCCAUUCUUCAGGUGUCCCCUUUGAACUCAGGGGACAUUUUCACAGUACUGCAAUGACAAAAAAGAAGAUACCUCUCUCUGCAUGCCAGGGGGCUGUGCUGCUUCACAACUGUAGCUUCACAAUGCCAAUCCAGAACAAUAUUGUCUGACCCACAUGGGAACAUUUCUGCAUUUCAUCCAGUCCCUGAUUUAGCAAAUGCAAAGGGAGAAUCGUUAACUGAGCAGGAAAUCUGAAACUAAUGCUGUAGAAACGGUUAGCAAAGGCACAUCAUCUGGGUUGGUGUAACGGACCUCUUCCUGCAUCUUCAGCAGUUCUGAAAGCUUGUACAGCUUUUGUUUUGUUUUAUCUAUUUUUUUUAAAUCCAGAAUGUGAAGAUGGGACAUAUUUGUUUAUAAACAGAAGUGAAAAAACAAUAAGAAACGUUCCUCAGGUCUACAAAGAACUGACUUGGAGAAAGAGAGUGUGUUAUGUUGGUGAGAAUACAUGUGUCUUAAACAUAAAGUGAUUGUGACAAAGUUAUUACAGAUGCCUAUGGAUGUUUUUAGAGUCUUUUGGUUACACUUUAUAAUGCAUGACAACUUUUUUUUAUUAAGUUAUUCCGAUGGAGAACUUGUCACUAAGCCACUUGACAUUUUGUUACUAUUGCACACAUAUUGCUCAGUUUACCCCUUUUGCCAAAAAAGAAAAGAUAACAAAUUGUCUUGCCAAAUGUAUUUAUGAAAUGUAAUUUUCUAUAUGUCUAAGGAUACUACUUUAUUUAAACAGGCUCAGUUCAAUAUUUCAUUUCAAGUUCUAUCAGUUCCCAUCUAGACUGUUACACAAAAACAUGUAGACAGUGUCAUCCUGACAUUAAAACGCUGCCAUACCUUUCAUGUAAAAAAAAACAAGACAGCUGCACGUUGUUUUAGAACUAAUAACAAAUUGUCUUAAAAUUGCUGUGUAAUUUUCUUUAAAAAUCUCUUAGCAAUGUGCCCAGGUCAGAGUUUGCAUGCUUUAUGCAUUUAAAGUAGCAUGGCUUGUAUAGAACAAGUCUUGUCAUCAAGUCACAGUAAAUACGCUCUGAACGCGUCCAGAAAUAAUCACCAUAUCUCAGCCAUCAUGAGAGGUUAAUUAGAAGUUAAAGUGUAUCAGGACAUCAUUUUGUUUUCCUGUUCUGAAGGUGCUUUCAGUUUUAGAGGUCAAAGUGUUUACUUCCCUUUAAUCCGGUUCAUCAUCCAUGAAGUUGGACUGAAUUCACGAAUGACAUCAAGUUGUCUAUAUCACUUUGGGUGUGACAAGUUGCUCAUGUUUUGCAUUCUUUAGUACAGUAAAUGUUUUCACAUUUAACGCUAUAUUUAAUGGUUUUAUUAUCCUGCAACAGAUUGGUUUGAUGUCAGUGUUUUCUUAUCUCAGUUUUUAGGGAAGCUCUUCCUAAAUGCAAGACGUUAUCUAUAAUUAAGCCUUUGUUCCCAUGUUUGUCAGUGGCAUGUAAACAUUUUGCCAUAGCUGGCGCACCAUGUUUUUUUUUUUAUUAUUAUUUAUUUUUUCUUUUUUAGUUUUCACAAAUUCUUCAAAGUGAUGAGGCAUGCUACAGACCGACAUUUGGUGCCAUGCCACUACCAAGUCCGAGUCUCACUAGCUAUCUGCACAACUUCUUUAAUGAUAUCUGCUGUGAUCGCUCGCAGUAGACUGGUCAAGCCAGUUUAAAAUCAGGCAUUACCUACACUAUUAUGACAGUCCUGAUAGACACACUACUGUUGGACCAGACAGUUCCUUCUAGCAGCAGCUUUGUUUGCAGUUGUUCAUACACUAAACUCUGCAAAAAGAAAGUACCAUUUUUCCAUUGUGAUGUGUACAGCACUGUCUUUUAUGUGUACUUAUUUAUGCAGAUGUCUGUAAGAUGAAUUCCAAGAGUCAUGUAGAGAACAACUAUAUAACAAUAAGACUACCUGAAAAGAUCAGUACUGACAUGUAGGAGAAAAAGAAGCUAUUUAUUCAGACUAUUGGCAGAUACAAAUUCGUCUACAGUAUAUUGAAAAAGAAAUAAUUCAACUCUGUCUUGUCCAUGUUUACCUGGUUUGCAUCCCUUCCUUUCCUGCCCCACGAUGAGAAUGUAUUUAAACCCUUUCCCUCACUGCCCUGCCUGUAAUGGAAUAAACUACAAACUAUGAGAGAAAA